UAUUUUCCUUCCUGAAAAGCAGUCUUCUUUUUCGCAGCGACAUCUCCUCAUCUCCGGCAAAUAAAAGCUUUCAGUCCAACCAAAAGCCUCCGGCGACAUCUCAUCAGCAAACAAAUCCCUCCUUCUUCGCAGGCGGCAUCUCCAACUCUGACAAAGACCCAAUUUCGGAGAUGGAUCCCGGUAGUGAUGAUGAUGAGGAUGCUAUUGUAAUUGGUGCUGCCACUUCAGUCCUAGCAGCAGGAUAUGCAGCUCUUGAAGUCUAUAAAACUCCAGUUGUUAUACCUAAACCACCUCAUGUUAAUAGGGAGCGAGCUAGAGAGGAUUACAUGGAUAGCAUAUUAUAUGGAAGUAGUUCGUAUUGUAUAGACCAAAUUAGAAUGGACCAAACUACAUUUUUCCAAUUACUAAAUACUCUCACCAUUAGAGGAUUAUUACAACCUACCAUUCAUAUGUCAGUGAGAGAGCAAUUGUUAAUGUUUCUGCAAAUAGUUGGCUAUAAUUUGAGGUUUCGAGUGGUUGGGGGGUACUUGUAUAGGUCAACUGAAACCAUACACCGCUAUUUUUCCAUUGUACUUGAUGCCAUAUUGAAACUAUAUCCAGAUUUAAUACAAUUGCCAAAUGGUGCGACUCCACGAGAGAUCCGUAAUAGUCGAAGAUACUACCCCUGGUUUGCUGAUUGUGUAGGGGCUAUAGAUGGGACACAUGUUGUUGCAAGUGUACCCCUUGAAAUUCAAGGAAAAUUUCGAGGUCGAAAGGGUUACCCAACUCCUCUUUGUAGAUUGACAUUUGCACAAGGCUGCAUGAUGCUAAAUUUUUGGCCUAGCACCAGCAGUCUCUGUCUCUGUACUGAGCUGCUGUACAUAUUAAGGUGGUUUAUUGAAAAACAUAGAAUUGAAGAUGAGGAUGAGAAAGAACUGCCAAAACCACCGCUUGAGCUACUUUGA